UGACGGACUCCACUGAGACCGAAGCGCGUUCAGCUCGCUCUGACAGGAUUUUUUCUGGGAAGACGCACCGUGUAGGAACCUUUAUUUGCACGCUCGUCUGCCCCAACGUUGGAGCUCUUACGGACUGAUUUUUCACAGAAGAAACUAAAUGAAGGAAAGAACGUCUUGCCAAAAGCCAUCACUGAACUCCGGGAUGGACAGCACGCAGAGUGUGAAAUGCAAGAUUGUGGUGGUGGGGGACAGCCAGUGUGGAAAGACGGCUUUACUACACGUAUUUGCCAAGGACUGCUUUCCAGAGAGCUAUGUCCCGACGGUGUUCGAAAAUUACACGGCCAGUUUUGAGAUCGACACGCAGCGGAUUGAACUGAGCCUGUGGGACACCUCAGGGUCCCCAUACUACGACAAUGUGAGGCCUCUGUCCUACCCCGACUCCGACGCCGUCCUCAUCUGUUUUGACAUCAGCAGGCCUGAGACGCUGGACAGUGUACUCAAAAAGUGGAAAGGAGAGAUUCAGGAGUUCUGUCCCAACACCAAGAUGUUGCUGGUCGGCUGUAAAUCGGACCUGCGGACAGACCUCACCACUCUCGUCGAACUGUCCAAUCACAGACAAGCUCCCGUGUCAUAUGACCAGGGUUCCAACAUGGCCAAGCAGAUCUCAGCGCCCUACAUCGAGUGCUCGGCGCUGCAGUCGGAGAACAGCGUGCGGGACAUUUUCCACGUGGCCACGCUGGCCUGCGUCAACAAGAGCAACAAGCACGUCAAGCGGAACAAAUCCUCGCGCGCCAACAAGAGGAUUUCCCACAUGCCUGGCCACGCGCGGCCGGAACUCUCCGCCGUGGCCUCCGACCUCCGCAAGGACAAAGCCAAGAGCUGCACGGUCAUGUGAGGCGAGGCGGAGGCGGUGGUGGCGCUGGUUGCCGUGGCGGCGCUGGCGGUUGCCGUAGCAACGGAGGUGGUGUUGGCCGCUCUGUGCCGCUCGGCUUUUGGCUCUGGCUUUGGCUCUUGCUCAACACGGCUGGACUUGGCUCACCGGCUGCGGCACGGACUGAGAAAGAGGGAGAGAGAGAGAGAAAGAUGGAGAGAGGGUUUUUCUUUUUAAAAAAUGACAACAACUACGAAGCUGGUGGCAUUGUGGAUGAUAUGGGAGAGGAUAUAUGGAAGAGGAGGAUGAGGGAGUGGUGGCCUAGAGAACAACUGAGAGACUCCUCUCCUCUCUGUUCUUCAGACGGACAGAUCAAUGGAUGGAUGGAUGGAUGGAUGGAUGGAGGGCAGAGCUGUCUUUGCCAAGCGCCAAAGGAAGAAGAGGAGGAGAUGAAGAAGAAGAACCGUGUGCACUUUAGAGCCUUUGCUGAACUCCUUCCAGCAGACAUGGGAGAUCUGUUAUGACGCAAAAACACAAAACGCCACGUAGACAACAAAAGAAGAGGAGUGCAUAGUGCCAAUGAGGAAAAUUGUACAGAGGAAGAAACAAAAAAGACAAACACAAAAAUCAAAAACAAAACAAAAGAAACUUAAAGACUUGUACAGGAUGAAAUUGUGGCUCUCAAUAGAGUGUCUCAUUGGAAACACUCUGACCUGAGAGACAGGAAGUCAGGAAAUGACUGCCUUUGGACCUCAUGCAGGGGAGAUGAAGGAUGGGUCAGGUCACUCUCCUCCAGGAAGUGACAUCAUUUCCUCAUUGAGGCUUGGACAGGAAGUUCUGGAGAAGCCCACAGGAAAUGAGGAGGCCUGCGGAGGUGGAAGGAGGGGCGGGAGGGAAACACUGUUACUAUGGUGACUGCAGUCUUUUGUUUUGCCCUUUGUCAUGGGAAAGGUCUCAGAGAGGUUGAGGUGAAUCAACAAUUAAAAGACUUGGGAGAAAAAAAUGUCAUUGAUGCCCCUCCAUACCUCAAGACCCUACAACUCCCCACAGACAUACAUGCACACUCACCAAACAGUCUUCUCAGCAGAUUUGAUUCUGGAACUCGUAGGGCCUGGGAACUCUUAAUGUUCUGAGAGGUCUCCCCACUAGAUAUUUGGUUUUGUCUCUCAGUUACAUGGGUAGAUGAAGAAGUGAAACAAAUAUGAUGAUCACUGUGGUUCAAGACUUGCUUCCUGCCUUUUUACGAUUCACUUGUUUAUGAUCACCGCUGAGAUUUUUUUUACCCCAUUAUUUCUGUAGAUUUCCACUCCUUCAGCACAGGACAGCACACUCUGUGCACCGCAUGCCUUGUUUGUGGCCAUUAAACUGCAUCUUAAUGUUCUGGAAGUGUAAUGAUAUGAAGACAUAAAAGACAAACAGAUCACAAUAUUGCCAAAGAGAAAUGUUAGCCUCCAAUUUGUCAGUGUGCAACAGUAGUGCCAUAACAGUGAUAGUCUAACAAUGGAAACCGGGCAGUAGCAUUCUAUCCUGAGAAAUUGUAGGAACUUAUUGUUUCUACCAGUGUCAUUGACCAACGCACUACUUAAGCUGUGCUGUUGACCAACACGCUGCAGCGAGCAGCUUAGGCUCAACCUGGCUUCUGUGUACCCAACGGUCUUAAUGCCAUUCAUUAGUGGCCAACUCUAACAGUGCCUCUGUCUGAUACUCACUGCAGUCUUGGCAGUGCCAUUGACCAUUGUGCAGUUAAAAACACUCAGACUCUGCAGCAGUAUCUCAUCCGACCUCAAGUCUAGCCUGAAUUCAUCUGUACCAUUCAGCUUUGUCGAACUCUUAAUAUAUCUUUCCAGGGCUGAAAGAUCUGGGGCAUGUUGUCUCAAAACAGAUUUAGGGCAGAGAUUUGGUGGACAGCGCUUUGUAACUCAUGAGACAUUUGGUACGUCCAGCUGAAGAAGUCUACUUAGUUUUCUCUCUGUCUGGCCAGUGCCUCUGGACCUCUGUAAUGCAUCACUCGUGCUACAAUCAGAAGAAUGGAUAGUGUUUCUAUGACAUGAUUGUUUUGGUCACUUGCUGGUGAUCAUUGUAUUGUGAAACAUGUUUUUGAAACAAAGCCGGGCUAGCUUCCAGCUCCUCUUGCCAGGGCCCUGAGCUCCUAAAGUGGAGGCAAUUCCUAUUUGGGGACCUUGUUCAUGUUCUGCAGAUGUUCCUGUAACUAGAACCGGCAGACAGAUCUGGAAAAAGGGGCCUCUACUUUCCCCUGCCCGUCCAUCUUAGUUCCCCAUAGGAUGAAAGUGUGCCUCAAGUGUCUAUAGUCUGCAAGUCAUUGACCAGAUGUGUGGGAAUCAUUUGUUUGUGUUCUCAGUUGUUCUCAAUUUUCAUCCACUGGUACUGGCAAACGACUUGGGUCCCAUAAAAAACACACAAUAUUGACCCCCACAGAUAGUGCUUAUGUAGGAUGUCAGUGACAAUGAUAGUCUUAGGUCCUUGGAGCUGUCAUAACUUCCCUCUUGUUUUACAUAGCAGGUCUUGUUUUUCUCAUUAGGCUAUAGUGUUUCUCUGCCUGUUCUGCUUGGUUGUCAACCACAAUUCAGUCAGAGUUUCUGCGUGCACAUACGUACGUACAUUCUGUUACCUAGGAAACCAUUCAACCUCUCCACCACCCCAAUCACAGCAAGGAUUUUCCAGGUUCUGCCGUCUCUGAUCACAAUAAUGGUCAGACACCAGAGGUGUCAAACGUAAAAGUAAAUGCAUAGUGUUAGUACAACACUAGCACAUGUUAUUAUGUUGCUGUUACACCAUUUGCUCCAUUUUACCUAAUGAGAUAGACUGUGUUGUUACUAAAAAAAUAAAUAAAAAAGGUCUACAAGACUACUGGUUAAUUAGAUAAGUUACCUCUGUUUUUCUAACUGUGUUUCUUUUACUUUUGACACCUGUGUCAGACAGGCACACCCACACCCAAUGCCCGGUCGUUAGAGACAUUACUUGCCACAUAUGGCUCCUUCACUGUUACCCACAGACCUCCUGUGUUGCUCUGCUUGUUCUUCACUAUGCAAUCAGCCUAGAGCCCAGCGCACCCUACAAGACUGAAGCCUGGACUGGAAGCAGCCCAUGUGCCAUUUCCCAGCCCCUGCUUUGACCAAAACAAAUAUCUGCAGAUGUUUAACCAAGGCCUAAGGGUCUUACGAUUUGGCUGACUGGCUUCAGCUGAUUAGCCCAUUUCACAGUGACGUCAGAAAAGUUCUGUUUUGGAGCGAAGCAGGGUUAAUGACUAGCUGGAUGUUCAGGAGGCUUUUUACGCAGGCAUACCGAAUGCAGCUUAACCUGUUUCGAAGUUUCCUGACGUCAUGUGGAAAGGGCCCAUUGGCAGGACGCUUUGUUGUUGCCAUUUUCCUUAAGUUACAUUAUACUGUAUGUGCCCCCAUUUCUCUCAUGCUGAUUGGUGGGUGUGUGCUUCUGUAGCAGCCAAUGGGCUUCAUCAAAAUAGUGUGUCUACCAAACAUGGCACUCGAUUGGCUGAAUACAAUGGUGAUGAGAAUAUGACCUGUGAGACUCAAUUUUGUGUAUUUUAUAUAAAAUUUGGCUCAAGUCACUGCCCUUGCAUUUCCCCGUUGAAAUGAACGGAAUCGAGGCUGGACUUUCUCCCAUCCUCCAGUUACUCAAAUAUCUCCAUGGCUUUGAGUGCGCCUCUCUUGGCGCCUCUUCAGAUUGCAACCCCCCUGAUGGAAAGCCUAUUGAUAGACAGGUUUGCUAUGCCAGACAGGAAUAGACUCUUUGUUUCCCUAUGUAGCUGAGCUCUUGGUGGAAUAAUAGGCUUUUCAGUAUUCAAACGCCAGUGCAGUCUCCUGUAGAGCUGGGAGAGAGAGAAAGGCCUUGUAGCUGUCACUGUGGGAGUUCACUGUGAGACGUUCAACCGUAUCCACGCCAGACCUAGCCCACAUCUGGCCAACAUCAGCAGUCUGAUGGUUAGUUGUUUGAGAUGGUGGGUUCAUGGGCAGUAUUACCUGACAGCUAUCAUAUGCUUUGUAUUUAAUGUUGAUGGAAGAUUGUUUUUGUUUUUUGUUUAUUUUUGUUUGGCAAUGAAAAUGUAGGUCAUUCUUUUUUUUGUUUUGUCGGUUGGAUAAAUGUUCAUGUUUCUUCUCCAUUGAUGUUGCCAUAGUAUUUAUUGAAUUUAUAUAUUUCCUCCUUUCAGAAAGCUGAACAAAUAAAAAAAUGUACAUUUG